AUGUUAGUUUACUUUUUGGGGUAUUCAUUACAGUUCUACAUAAAACAUUUCUAUGACGACUUAUACAUAGGAGGUGAUAUAUAUGCCAAUGAUCGAACCCAAGUAGCACCUGAAGGAAUAAAUUUUAGAGGAGAUUACAUGUAUGAGUUAGGCUAUUCAGGUUUAAUUAUAAAACCAAAAUUCGGUAAAAAAAUAUGGGAUAUUCGUGAUAAUUAUUCACUCAUCUACUUUAAAGAGCACGGUGGACCUAAUCAAGUUUUUCAAAUUGAAUAUAUUGGGCCUUAUACUUACCAAAUAAUAAAUAGAGGUAAAUGUCUUGAAUAUAAACCUUAUAAAAGAGAAUAUGAAACUACCUAUUGCAACCGAAUGGCUAGGAAUCAAAAAUUUGCAUUUAUAAAGACAGAAGAAGAAGAGAUUUACAGAACGUAUGGAUAA